UGUUCAUACGCAUAAUUUAACGCUCGGAAAUGGUGUAUUGAUCGAGAGCUUGUGUGACUAGACAUAGUAUAAUUUUAAUGUCGAUAUCAAGAAUGAUAGCAUCACACGAUUCAUAUUGUAUUAAAAACAGUAUCUCAUCAUGGAUUAAGUUAAUUCAUGUUGUUUUAUGGAAUAGUUUGUUGAUUUGUUCAAGUUUUCAUUCAUUGAUUUGAUUCUGACAAGUCGUUCUGACUUCUGUUCGACUGUCUGUUGACCGAAUUUCUGUAUUUUAUUUCAUUAAAGUUGUGACACGGAUGUUGUAUUGCACGUGAAUUUAAACAAGUGUAUUUAUUGUAAUAAAUAAAGAUAUUGUCAUUGAAUGACAAUAAGUACAAGAACGUGACUCGGUAUUUUUUGUUUAUGGUUGUCAGAGUGAGAACAUUUAAAUGUUAACUCUCGAACUUUGUAUUAACUUAAGGUGUGUUUGGAAACUGUUAUUCAGAUAUCAAACAGUUGUUGAAGGAACCAAAUAAAACAAACUAGCAUUCAUAUUGUAUUCUCAAACAUUCACAAAAUGAAUAAGCAUUUUUCAGGAGGCACGUCAGUCAAUGGCGAAGUGCACACUGACAAAAAGGAUGUCCUGGAUGAAUCGCCUAAGAAUAAAGCAAAUAAAGGACGGCAGUUGAAAUCCAAGGCGGUUAUGGGUCAGAGACAAGUUGGAGGAAGAACACAAUCACAAAGUGACAAACAAUCUCCUGAUUGUAGUGCUGGAUCGAAAGCCAGUGCCCAAAGGUUUCAUAUCAAAAAUAUUUUUAGUAGUAAAGAAAAGCGAAGUAGUUCAGAGAGUAUUAUAGAUUCUAAGGACAAAAUGAAAGUUAGUGUAAAUACUGGACCAAUUUUGAAAGGGAAAGAAGGAGUUGAUGGAACAAUGGAGAAAAAUACACGAUUUAGAACUUUUAGUCUUUCAGCUUGCCCAGAGAUGGGCACUGAUGUAGAUACUCAGCAAGUUGAACAAAUUAAUUCUUUAAAUCAUGCAGCUAAGGACAGGACUAGCAAUGGUUGUGAAGCUUCAUCAAGUUUAAAUAACAAAGAGAAGGUUGAUGUAAAAACAAUACCUGUUGAAUUUCCAUUGAAAAGUAAAAAUAGUUCAUCGAAAAAUGAGUCUGAAAAUUCCACUCCCAUUGUCGAGGUCCCAAAACCAAAAAGUAAAAAAUCAGUUACUAUUGAUGAUACAGCGACUGUUGUAGGAAUACCUAAAAUGGACUCGAAUAUCAAAGAGGCUAGUGACUUAGACAAAAAAGUGGGAGAGGAUGAUGUUAAACAAAAUGUUAUUGAUAAUGAAUUAACAGUGGAAAAAGACACACUUAGUAAAUCUGAGUCCUCAUUGGUAAUAAAUGAAUUUUCAGAGAAAGAUGUAGAUAAUAAAGAUUUGGAUGAAGAGAAGAAAGAAAAUGAUGACGAAUUAAAAGACGUAUCUGAAAAGAAAAAUGAAGUUGAAGAAAAGGCAGUGGCCCAGUCUGAAAAUGGACGUUUCUUUAAAUUUGAUAUUGAAAUCGGAAGAGGAUCAUUUAAGACUGUGUACAAAGGACUUGACACAGACACUGGAGUGGCAGUGGCAUGGUGUGAAUUACAGGAUAAGAAAUGGAACAAGAGUGAAAGGCAGAGGUUCCGCGAAGAAGCGGAGAUGUUGAAGGAGCUCCAGCACCCGAACAUUGUCCGUUUCUAUGACUCGUUUGAGCAGCUCAAUGCCCGUGGUCGUAAAGUGAUUAUCCUGGUCACAGAGCUGAUGACAUCUGGAACCCUCAAGACGUACAUUAAGCGAUUCAAGAAGGUGAACAACAAGGUGCUGAAGAACUGGUGUCGCCAGAUCCUGAAGGGCCUGCUCUACCUGCACACGCGUACACCCCCUGUGAUCCACCGCGACCUCAAGUGCGACAACCUCUUCAUCACCGGCACGACAGGAUCGGUCAAGAUUGGCGACCUUGGGUUGGCAACCUUGAAAAACAAGUCCUUCGCAAAGAGUGUCAUAGGUACUCCUGAGUUUAUGGCCCCUGAAAUGUAUGAGGAACAUUACGACGAGAGCGUCGACGUGUACGCGUUCGGCAUGUGCAUGCUGGAAAUGGCCACCUCGGAAUAUCCGUACAAGGAGUGCACUAACGCUGCACAAAUCUAUAAGAAAGUCACCAGUGGAGUGCUGCCAGAAGCAUUUGCCAAGGUAGAAAAUGCUGAGAUCAAAGAGAUUAUAGAGGGUUGUAUUAAGAACAAGAAAGGACAGAGGUUUGAGGUGCGAGAGCUACUGCAGAACGACUUUUUCCUGGAGGACACGGGUCUACAUGUGGAACAGGUCGGCACAGAUGAUGAUGAGCAGAACGAUGUAAUACAGCUACGACUUCGUGUCGUUGACCCUAAGGGUUAUUCAGCUUAUACAACAGAGGCCAAUCAGAGGCUAUUACACAAUUCCAAAAAAAAAAGGAAGGACAAGCACAAAGAGAAUGAAGCAAUACAGUUUGAUUUCGACAUGGGGAAAGAUGUUCCUGAAAAUGUCGCAGCGGAAAUGGUCAAGUCUGGGUUUCUUCAAGAAGAAGAUGUGAAAAUAGUCAGCAAGCAUAUCAAAGACCGUGUUGAAAAGGUGAAGCGUGAUCGUGCCAUGAAGGCUGAGGACAGGAAGGAUGGUGAAGGUGCGGUGCCCAGCUCCGCACUCAGUGAAUCCCAGAGUACUGGGGGCCAGUCUGAAUGGGACACCAUGUCGCAGGCCUCCAACUCCAGUAUUGCACAGAUAAGCAACCUACAGAAGAGCCAGUCUGGCCAAAACAUCCCUGCUUCAAGUCAGAAAUUCAGCCAGCCAAAUCAGCAGGUGAGCGGACAACAGUUUCAAGGUCAACAACAACAACAGUUCCAAGGUCAGCAACAGAUUGGUCAAGGUCAACAACAGAUUGGUCAAGGUCAGCAACAUUUGGGUCAAGGUCAACAACAGAUGGGUCAGGGUCAACAACUAAUGGGUCAGGGUCAACAACAUAUGGGUCAAGGUCAACAACAGAUGGGUCAGGAUCAACAACAGAUGGGUCAAGGUCAACAACAGAUUGGUCAAGGUCAGCAGUUCCCGGUGCAAGCCUCCACAGGCCAUGCACCACUACAUACAUACAUACAUACAUACUCUCUCCAGCAUCAGUCUGCCUUCCCUCAGCCUCACAUGCAGCAGUUCAGUCAGCAACAGCAGCAACUUGGGCAUCAGCAACAACAGCAACAGCUACUUGGACAACAACAACAACAGCAGCAGCUACUUGGGCAUCAACAACAACAACAGCAGCAGCAACUUGCACAACAACAACAACAGCAGCAGCAGCAACUUGGGUAUCAACAACAGCAGCAACAGCAUCAGUUUUCUCUGUCCCAGCAUUCAAUGCCUCAGUCUGGUAGCCAGCAGUCAUUCACUAUGGGAGCCCAUACCAUGCAGCCUCAGAUGUCAUACAGUCAGCCGGCUGGUCAGUCCAUGCCACAGGCUGGGGGGCAGAUGCAGGGGCAAACAAUUGGCACAGAGGAAAACAAAGUGCAAGCACAACCAUCUGCAGACGAACCAAAGACUGUUCCGUCAGAAACACAGCAGCUAACCAAACCAGAGUUGCCUGCUGUAACUGGGCCUAAGGCAAGUGGUACAGGACCUACGUCUGAGGGGCAACAGCCCUCUGGAUCCAUGCAGAUUGUAUCGGAACCCAAAUCCUCUCCAAGUAAGUCGCGUCAGAAAGGGAUGUCCCGAAGUGCCUCAGUCCAGAGUCGGUUACAUCAGAAGGCUGCAGCACUGGGUCACCUUGACAUAAGCAGUGCCCAGCAGGUGGGCUUAUCACAGUCCAGCAUUCCGGGUGUGGUAGCCCCAGAGUCAGCCCCCCCUGGCAGCCUUGUGCACAUGAAUUCUGUCUCACAGCUGGACGACUCACAGUCCAACAGAGAGAGUGAAAAUGAGAGCAACAGAGGGGAGGAGAGACGUCGUAAACCUCGUGGUAAGCGUCGCAAAACUGUGGACAAAUCUCCGACUUUGACCAUCAUGAGCUUCGAAGGAGAUGAAGUGGAAUGUCAGUUAGACCUUCCAAACAAGAAUUCUGUCACUUUCAAGUUUGCUUUAGAAAUUGACAAGCCAGAGGAAAUUGCAGAUAGCUUGGUUUCUGAGGACUUGCUGAUGGAGAUCCAGGCUAGCUGUGUGAUCCUGCUGCUGCAGAAGGCCAUUUCUAUGGUGCGUGAUGACCCCCAGGCCGCCAAUGGCGUGACCCUGGCCAUGGUGGACACACCCACCAGCAGCCCAACACUCCCCCGCAGGGAGGUCAGGCAGACAGAGGGCAAGGAUGUGGCCACCAAGAAAUUGCAGUUUGAAGACAGUGAUAUGAAUACAACAGACAAAGCUGCUGCGGAUGAUUUGAAGAUUGUGAAAGUGCGCCAUUCAAGCGGUGAGAACAAAGGGAAGGAACCCUCACGGGUGGUAGAAAGCAAGAGACGAAGCUUCGUAGUGAGCAGAGUGUUAGAGCCUCAGAUAUUAUCUGAUAAAAUUCAGGAGGACGUUGAGACAGAAGAUACUAUUAACUCUCCAGCUCUAGGGAAACUUCCUGACACCGCCAAGGUCACCCAACUUUCUCCAGAUCCGUUGCACUCAAAUACUGUCCCAAACAUUAGUACAUUUAUGACACAGUCUCAGCAUGUGUCUGAUAACGAAGUUGCUGGAAUGUCUGACUCUGAGAGGAGCACAAAGUCUCUUCAGAAAGGGACAGUGCCGGUCAAUAUUGGAGACCUGCACGAGAAGCUUGUUCAGCUCACUGGAGGCACAGUUCCAGCCACAGCCAGUUACUCUGUGGAAAGUCACAGCCCUGUGCCUACAGAGGAUGGGGUAAGCACCCAGGUGUCUAGUACUACACAGCAUCUGCCAUCGCACCAAGCCACGGUGGACAAGCAGCCGCACCCUACUGACAGCACCACCUCUAUACAAUCUCUUCCUGACAAGUUUCCACGUCAGUCAUUACCAGCAGGCCAAACUGGUGUGCCCUCACACCCACAGCCAAUUUCUCAGACUCAGCCACAAGUUUCACACGCAGUGUCCGGUCAUCCAACAGGUGGUCUGCCUAUACAAGGCCAUCAGGUGCAGUCUUCUACCACACAUGUACCAAUGAGCUCAUCAAUUCAGCCUGGUCCACAGCAGCAAAGCAUGCAUCAUCAUCAGCAGGCACCGUCAAUAGAUAACCAUGCCAACAUUCACAACCAAGGCAUGCAGUCUGGCAUGUAUGCACAAGGCAUGGGUGGCAUGUCGUUUGUGCCCUUCAUGAACCCGAUGUAUGGCUUCCAUCAUCAGCACCCAGGUCAUAUGAUGCAGAUGUUCACAGACCCAAUGCAGUACAUGGGGCAGAUGCCAUAUGUCAUGGUGAACGUGCAACAACAGAAUCAGAUAGCGCCGAUGUUGGUGCCUGCAAACAUGAUUCUCAAUACUCAGAUGCAGUACCCAGGCAUGCAGACCUACAUGCCACAUCAGCAACAACAGCAACAGCUGCAUCAGCAGCAGCAAGAGUCACAAAUGAAUGAUGCUAAUGCAUUAAGUCCACCUGGUUCCCCUUCCCAGUCUCGCCGGCUACCAGCCACUGAUACUUCGAGUGACGUGGGGUCACAAUCCGAUCCCCCAGCCUCCAUGAGAAGUAAUUACAGCAUUGCCAGUCUUGAGCAGGAAUUGAUCAAGAAACUGCAUGGUGGUAAUAGGAAAGACAUUCCACUGUCAGCCACUGGUCUAUUGUCAGAUGAAAAGCCACAGUGGACUCAGUCUACCGAAAAUUUACAUGAGCCAACUGAGUCACUUGAUUUAAAUGAGACUUUAAAAACAGUGGAGGAAGAUGAUGCCAAUGGUAAUAAAGAGACACCAAAGGCGUCCUUGCAAGAUGUCACUAAAUCUCCAUCUGUGGACAAAACUGUUGCCGAAAAACUGAGAUUCCAUGUUAGUAAGGUUGACAAUGAUCCAUUGAAAUCUAACAAUGAAAGCCAAAGAGAGAAACAGAAAGAUGACAAUGAAAACAAAUCUGAUGUGUCUAGAAAAGUUGAAGAAUCAUCUGAAGAAAAAUCAGCAAGCAUUCCUACAAAACAAACAUCAAAACUUGGUCGCUUCUCUGUGUUGAAGGUCAAAGAAGAAGACAAACCUUUGGUACAAGAUAGUGUAAAAAAAGAUGGUCUUUCAAAGGAUUCAUUAUUAAUAGAUAAAGCUAAGGACAAAGAUGUAGGAAACAAAGAUACUGUGAAAGUGAAUACAUCCACAGCAUCUGAUGCAGAAGCUGAAUCUGUUAUUAAUGCCUCUGUUUCACAACAAAAAGGUCAAGAUUCAGAUGAGCUAUGCGAUGAGCCACGCACUGAUACUAACACCCUGCAAGUAAAACCAAGUGUAAGUAAUCUAAUUUUGCAUGAUUUACCAUACCGUAAGAAAAGUAUUUCAUUCUUUGAGGGCAGCGAUUCCCCCAUGAUGUCCUGUAACACGUGUAGUAGUUUUUACAACACCCACAUGGACAGGUACCAGAUAUUCAGUAGGCGUAGGACAAAGUCCUUGGACUCGUUAUCAGCCUGGAACAGACUCCAGAUGUUCGGUGGUGGCCGGACUCACCAACAAACCCAGUACGGUGACGGGGAGACCCCCUCUCCCUCACCGUCCCAGUGUGGAGCCUAUGGGGGCUUCCAGGAUGUCCUCUUUGACAUAAUGUCUGUGCCUGAUGAGCUUGUGUCCUCGGAAGAGGAAGAGAACCACGAUGACAAUGAGUCCGGCAUACACCUGGAAUCCCGGCCUCGACACAUUCCUGAUCCCUUUGUAAGACGAAUGCGUAAGGACAGUGAAAGCCAGCAGCAGGAGCUGUUAAAACUUUCCCGAGACCCAGACUAUGAACACAUUUUUAUCAGACAAUCAAAGGAGCGAGAGGAGCUGCAGCAGCGCCACCAGACAGAGAUGGAGGAGUUCCUGAAGUCAAAGGGCUACACAAUCUCCCCCUCCCUCCUCCUCUCUGCAAAUGCCAUGGGCCCGCCCAUUCUGAGCCCCCUCAACUUGACCAGCAUCCCCAACCCCCCACCCCUGCCUGCCUCAUUCAUGUCCAUACAGGUGCCUGGUGACAACUACCCGAUAUUCUCUGUGUCCGAGAGAGGGCCCUCCUCCAAAGGUGGGAGCACGGGCUCCUUCAAUGAGGAGCUGGUCAAACGGUGGCAACUGUUUGCUGCCAAGUGCAACCCUCAGUUGGUCCAGGGAAGAAGCAACGAUUUACGAGAAAGUCAGUCCGCGACAUCAGUGACUGACUCUCUGGACACUAAGUGCAGUUCGUCAAUUGUAGACGCUGUUCCACCCAGCAAUGGUGUAAUAGAAAAUGUUGCUCAAUCUACUGGCCAGUCUCAGAUGCUAUCGGAAGCAAUAAUGACAAAUUCACAGUUCCUUGUGGCUGGUAACCCAAUAUGCUACUAUACAAUACCACCAAUGCCAAACCUACCCACAUUCACAACGUUAGGCACACCAUUUACCAGGCAGCCAAUUGAGUCUGGAACGGGUGGAGAAGCAGGACUUUUAUCCGUCUCCAGUAAUUUUGCGACCAUGGUGCCUGUGACAAAAACAGUAGCUGCUCAAGAUACGGUUAUGGCCACCAGCACUGUGAAAAUUGUUCCUUCAACAAAAAAUACUUGAAGAACUAAGGAAAUGUUCCAUUUUGUUGCUGAGAAAUACAAAAACACUACAAGUCUUUCAUGGUCAUUAAGCAAUUUAAACUACUUGGAAAUUAGCUAUAGAACAAAACAAUGCAAGUAGAUACAUGUAGUGUGAAUGUGUGCAAAUGUUGGUUUGAUACUUUGUCUGAUGUGUAAACGUUGAAUAAUGUAAUUUUAAAAUAUGAAAAAUGCAAUUCAAUGUAAAAUCAUCAUAGUAGUAGUUUAUAAAUCAGUAUAAAACAUUUGACUUAAAAACCAAUGUAAAUAAGAAUUUCCUCGAAAACUAUCAAUGUAACACUCUUUUAAAUAUUGCAUAUCAGUUUGUAAAAAGCAUAGUUAAAUAAUGAUGUGUUGCAUUCACUGUCUGCGAAAAUGCUAUUGUGCUUGUUUUAUUUCUGGUAGCAAAGUUCACUAUCAUGUUUAAUGAUCAAUUAUUACUCUAAUCAAGCUCUGGUCGUGCCAUCUCCUCUGUAAUCACAUGGUUGAUGUUUCUAUUUACUAUUUAUCAUAUUAAUAUUGCUACAUGUAUAAAGUCAUGUAUAUGAAUUUCAGUUAUUGGGUAUGUGUUGCAAGCAGUUAUAUUUAUAAUAGCCAAUUUUGCUGUUAGACUUAUUUCAUAUGUUCAAUUGAAAAAAAAAUGCCAUUGCUUUUUUUCAAAAUGUAUAAUGCUUUCAAAGUUACAUUAAAAAAUGUGUGAAUGGAUCUACUAAAAUGGCUGCAACAGUAAAAAUUGCAGGUUUUAUAUAUUUAAAAUGCAAGUUAAAGCUAGAAAGCCUUGAAGUCCUGUCAUAGUGCAAAUAUUUCUUGUUGUUCUUUUCAGGUGUUUGUUUCUAAUGACUGAAAUAUAUACAUUAGAAAUAAGCUACCAGUUGAAACAGUUUAAAGGAAAUGUAAAGAGGGUGCAUUAUAUAAAGAGGAUGUUUUGGAUUGUUCUGAAACUUUAUCAACCAUUCUGCAAAUAUAAUUGUGUCUUAAUCUGUGAAAGCUGGUCAUAAUGCAUGUGCAUAAAGUGUUGUCCCAGAUUAGCCUGUGCAGUCAGGGACGACACUUUUCGCAUAAACUUGAUUUUCGGUAAGGAGGGACUUGCUUGAAACUAAAAAUACCAUUAAAGCGGAAAGUGUCGUCCCUGAUUAGCCUGUGCGGACUGCACAGGCUAAUCUGGGACGACAUUUUACGCACAUGAAUUAAGCCCAGUUUUCUCAGAACAAGACACAAUUGUCCUGCUUAUUCUGAUAUUCACAGUUGAUCAAUACAUCAUAAUUAUUAAAUAAAAAAAAGAGACAAAAAUAUUGGUAAUGCAUUGUACAUAGAUGCAUCUUUGGUAGAUGAUUUCAUGUAUUUGUAUUCAAACCAAGUUUUAAAAACAAGUGUACUGUCAUUUCGUAAUAUUUGUUUGAAGUGUACUUUUGUUUUAUGGCAAAAUCACUGUCAAUUCAAAAAAACUAUUCGCUAAUUAGUAGUUUAGACAACUACUUUUCAAGUUUGCAUUCUGUAUUUAUUAUGAAACCUUUUGUUUGAAUGAAUCGUAGUUCAAAUGGUCUGUAUAUAAGUAUAGGCGUAUGUUUUAAAGAUUCCAUGGUUUUCACCCAUGUUACAGGACUUAAAAUCCAAAUUUAGGCUUUGCAUAGGUUUUGGCAUAGAAAAAAUCCAUUAAAAAAAACUUCAAGAAAGCUUUAUAUCCUCACUUGUUCAAAACAUGUGCAACAGUUUUCUUUUAUGCUACAUUAAUAUGAUGCACUGAAUAAUUUUCAAUCAAUAAUAAUAGGCUUGGUUGUGUCAAGGGUGAAAUAAUGAAGUCCAAUUGAGUGUAAAAGUAUUGUAUCUGAUUAAAGAAAUACUGAGCAGAUACAUCAUUUUGAUGCUCAAUCCUCAAAAAGUGUCCUGUGUAAUUGAAUGGCUGUACAGAGGUAGUGGUUAUGUGCAAUGUUACGUCUACCACCAAAGAGUCUGUGAUGUUAUGUUUUUUAUUAUGCCUUAAAAUUAUACUGCUUGAUAUGGGUCACCUCUUUGACCUGGUCCUGACAAGUUCGUGUGUACAUUAUUUUCCCUUUUGUUGAGCUCCUUUCUCAUGCUUAUUUUUCGUGAAUUGGUAAACAAAACAUUAUUAUGGAAUUACAUGUAAUAGGUUUUCUUAAUGGAUUAAAAAGUUAAAAAGAUGGUCAUGUCACUUGACUGAAGACAACAUUAUUUGUUUAAGCACAGAUAUUGAAGAACACCAAGGAUUCUUUUAAUAAAAACAUAUUUUUUUUUAAAUAGUUAACAAUUAUCAUAUAACAAAAUUUGAAACAUGCUGAAUUGAUACACUUUGUAUGGCAACAAAAACAUACCUUUCUGGAAAAUUUCAAGUAUAUUAAAACUAAGACCUGUAAUGGUUUUCAUGCUCAAUAUACCCGUACAACAUGUACAUGUGAAAUAAGAAAUUUGACAAACACAUACUUGGUACAUGUGUUUUCAAUAUUUUUUCCUCAUGCAUUGCACAACUGUUGUUGCAUUCAUUGUUUUGACUGGUUCAUAUGUAUAGCAAUUCAUGGUUCAUUAAACAAUUAGCUAAUCACAAAUGUGUUCAUUUGAUAUGCUUGUUUUUAUGUUUUGAAAGAAGAAUUGGUAAUUUUGUGUAUUUUUUAAUCAAAUAUAGAUAUUUGCAGUUGCAAUAUUGGGGAUAUGUUUUCUUUAAUUUUAAGACCAUACGAAAAUGUUUUUGCAUAUUUCUAAAAUUCAUGUUGAAGUUAUCCAAAUGCAUGUCUUUAAUUAAUGCCAUAUGAUGUAUAAAACAAUUAUUGGCCAUUUGGGUAUUAUAUGUAUUUAUUUUGGUUCCUAAAUUAUUUUUUAAUGUAAACAGUUUAAGGGCAAUAUCCUUUUAAUAUUGCCAAUUGAGUUAUACAUACCUGUAAUGAUUUUCCCUAACUGAUAAUGAUUGGACCAUUGAAUAUUUACUAAUAUGAUGCACACCUUGUGUAUAAACGUGACAUGAUCACUUUUUCGUAAAUUUUUUAAUAGUUUAUUCAGGUUAAAGAUUAUGUACAAAGAACAGAAUCAGUAAAAUAAUGUAUUUACACACACAAAAUACAAACUUUGCAAUAAUACGCAAAUUCCAUUACAAUACUUUUUUUUUUCAUUAUCAUAUACCUGUAACCAGUCACUAUUAUAAUACCAGUAAAUGUUCAUGUAUUUCUGUGUAUUCCUGAUUUGAAUCUGUCAUUUGACCCAUGUUGAAUUCACUUCAUUUCUGUUUUCAUGAAAUAAACAUGCACAAUCUUAUGGGACCUCCCCCAGUAUUGUUUAGUCUUUUUAAAUGGUUUAUGUAUAGCCAAAUGCCUUCAUGGGGUAUGUGUUUUCGUACUAACAGCUUCAUAUUGAAGUGUCAGGCAGUUGUAUGGCCAUGCUGGCUGUCAGCAUGUUUGUUGUGCUCAGUGUGAUUUUCUUGCAGUAUUGUUAUGAUUUUGUGCUAAUUUUAUUUAAAAAUUACUCUCUUAAUCAGUGAGGGAUUUUUGCAGUCUUUAAAUGCUUAUAUUCUGCUUGUUGUCAAGAGAACUAUACCUGUUUACUUACUUGUUUGGUUUUUCUGUACUUAUGAUGAAUACACACGAGUGCCGCUCCAGGAAAACCGGGAUUAUUGCAUGUCAUAAAGUAUCUCACAAGAGUCGCCUAUGCAGUCUAAUCAGGGAAUACCCUUUCUGCUUUUUUGUGUGUAAAGGAAGUUUCACUUGAUGAAAGUCCAGUCUUGGCGGAAAGUAUCAGCCCAGAUUAGCCUGUGAAGGUGAUCUAGAACAACACUUUACUCACAUGUUAAGCCCGCUUUUCCAAGAAUGUUGUUCAAAUAUUUAUGCAGCGCGGAUUCCCAAAACAUUGCAUUUUACUAAGACUAAUGUAUAUAAUUGUUAACCCAUUGACACUGAUUGUGAAGAGGUUUGAACAACUGCUUAAGAGUCUUUGCUAGUAUUACAACAUAUUUCCUUAUUGUUUCAAAAGUAAAACUAUUUAGGUAACAUUUUAAAAUUGCUUGCUUUUUGAUGGCUUCAAAAAAAUAUUGGUGAUGGAAAAUAAAAUAACACAUUUUCCCUUCUUUUACUAUUGUGGAAGCCUGAUUAACAAACCUCAGAAACGUGUUGUUAUUUGUGCAAGUUAAAAUUUCACGAUUAUUGGAAAGUGCUGUUUAUUUCUGUUGCAUAAGACAUGAACAAUGGCAAUUGUUUAACAAAUAAGGAACAACAAUAUUUGAAGCUUUCGUUUUCACUCUUAAAACUUGCUGUUGGAAAUGCCUUCAAUUGGCAUAAUGCAAUUCAAGGGGAUUUUCAGUAAGAAGAAGACUAUUUUCAAGUUGUACUUUGGUUUAAUUCGGUAUUCAUUCCGGUUGACGCACAUGCAUUAUUGGCAAAAUGAAGGAGUUGCAACGCGUCUAUAAGAACGAAUAUAGGUCACUUACCAGCACCUAUUCUAUUAAAACUUCAAAUUUGUCUGAGCAAUUAUAAUGUUUAUAUUGUUCUAUUUAUUUUAGCUAAGUCAGUUGUCAUUGAUACAUGACCAGCUCUUCACUAUAUAUUAUUAAUUGACAAUUUAAAGCCAAUAUAAUUUUCGAUUCAGUCAGGAUUUUAUUGUGUUGAAGAUCUGCAAAUGUGAUUUCAACUGAGAUUGGUAUUUAUUCCAAUAUAUGUAUAAAACUGCAAAUUCUUUUAUUUCUUUAUUUCAAUAAACAUUUAAAGCGCCUUUCACAAAGCGUGCCACAAUUGGA